AUGAUUGUCCGAUUGCUAUGGGUGCUGACUUUGGCAGGCCUGGCGCUGACAGCUCUUUUCCUCACAUUCAGGCAUCUCCAUUUCAAACCGCUGCCUGGCGAUGGCGCCGCUCAAUUGACCCACGUAGUCUUGAGCAUCGAUGACUCUGAGCUCCGACCCCUUGCGGUGGCCAUCCACUCUGCAUGGGUGCACGCAGAAAACCCUGACCUGGUCCAGUUUCACGUCAUAACCUCGCCUCACCUUCAGCAGAUCAUCGCGGAGCAACUCUCGGCCUACUUGCCGGAGGCGAGGGUGCAGGUCCACGCCAACGACCGAAUGUUGAAGAAACUCAGCGCAUUCGUGACCUUCAGAGCCUCUUCACAGGUCCUGAGCAGAGACUCCAGUAUCUUUCACUUCGUCCGCUUCUUUUUGCCUGAGUUUUUGGGAAGGAGUUUACGAGGAAGAGCAUCGCGCUUGGUCUAUCUCGAUCCCGAGACUGUGGUGCUGGGUGACAUCAGCAACUUGGCCGAGAUCGACUUGAAGGGGACCCCGCUGGCAGCUGCUAGGUCCUGUCACUUCCAGCUCUCUGAAAUCUUGGAGUUCGAUCUUCUGCAGGGGUAUGAGCUCCCCGGGAAUGUGAAGCCGCAGGACUGCGCGCUGAGCCCUGCUCUGAUGGUAAUCGACUCGCGCAGAUGGCAGGCCGAAAACGUCUCUGGCAAGAUCCUCACUUGGCUGCAGCGCUACCGAGAUCAGCCUCUGGAGGAGGUGCUGCUGCACUGCUCCAUGACCAGCGACAGGCAACAGGGAUCAACAGGGCCAUUAACGGAGGGUGUAGGACCUUUGGAUGAAGAGCCUGAUCACGCCGCCCUUGAUGCUGUCGCUGGACGCAUUCGUAGAACUGGAUCCUGCCUGGGCGUGUGCGGAUUUGGGGUCAGAGGAGCUAACAGUCCGAGAGACAAAGACCUUGCUCAAGACGGGCUUUACCCAAGAGGACAUGGCACGCUUGGUCCAGGCCUCACUCUGCAGAGGGCUGACUUGGCAAUUAGCCCUUCCGGGCGGCUGCAUCCCGCCUUACAUCUUUGCACGGCUGGAGCAAAGUUGCUCCAUUUCAGUGGCCCCGACAAGCCAUGGCUGUUCACAGAGAGAUCCCCAUCUCUAUGCGCUUGGCCGGAGGUGCCGGCUCCCCACCAAGGCCAAGGCUGGUCUCGGGCCGGUGAACCGCAGAUUGCCUUGCACUGCGCAGCUGGCCAGGAGAGGCGCUUGGUCAACUGUUCCAGCCUCUGGUGGGUCUGGGCCUUUGCAAGCGUGUGGUGCCGUAUUCAGGGCCAGAGCGAGCAAAGAAGGGCUACGAUGCCGGUUGGCCGGAUUCGAAGAAGGACUAGCCAUCCUCCGCAGUUUGGCCAUGCACAUGGGCUUUUGGAAGUUCUGACCGAGUGCGGCUUCGGAAAGCGACUACGAGCUCUGAGAACUGCCUGUAGAUUCAAACGAACAGCCACCUGUGUGACAAGCCUCCGAUGCAACCCGCCAUGCAAAGCUCGUGGCCAGUUUGCCAAAGCCAUGAGGAGGAGGUCACAGAACACUCCCGGUGGGACGGUGGAGAAGACCUUACGUCUUGUGAGGCCGUGGCUUCUGAAAGGAGCUGUGUGCCUUGUGGUUCUCAUCCUCGCAGCCCUUGUCCUGGCUCCAGCUGCGAAGGGAUGGCUCAGACGGCAGUCGGGACUCCGCAAAGCCGGCAGCUCGACGAGCACAGACAGCAUUCACGUUUGCCUGACCAGCGACAGCGCCGAUUUGCGUGCCGCCGCAGUGGCAAUCCAGUCGGCAUGGACGAAUGCGGCGAGCCCGGACAGGCUUAUCUUCCACCUCAUCACGACCACCGAGCUUGAGUCGCCUGUUGAUGUCAGCUGCUCUGAAGCCAAGGUUCAAAAUUGUGUUUCUUAG